GCUCAGUUGCUGGCAGAGUACUAUUUACUUUUUUCGCACACUUUCAGUGUUUUGAUUUAGUUUUCUUGUUGUUGCUAAUAUUUUGUUCUAAUUUUAAACGGAAAAAUAAUUUUAUUUUAAGCACAAGACACAAAGAAAUCGAUUGUAAAUCAAAAAAAUAAAUGUUGUGUUUAAGAAAUUUAAUAAAAUUAACAAACAAUUCUUUAAAACAAAAUAAUACAAACUGUUGGAAGCUGUUAAAGAACCAGGAAUUUUUUGCUGUUAACCUUAAAUCUUACAAACGCAACAUGUCCUCAACCAAUUAUAAACUAACUGAGGUGGAAGGAGAUUUGUUCAGUGCUCCCAAAGACUACAGCUUGGCUCAUUGCGUGGCAGCCGAUUUGGGUAUGGGUGCCGGUAUUGCUGUGGUAUUUAAAAAAGUUUAUGGUCAAUUAGAUGUCUUACGCGCACAAAAUGUACAAACCGGCGGAGUAGCAGUGCUAAAGGAUAAUGAACGUUAUAUUUAUUAUUUAGUAACCAAGGAUCAAAGUUGGGAUAAACCAACCUAUGACAGUUUGAGAGCAUCUUUAAGUGCUAUGCGUGAACAUAUGCGUUCUAAUAAUGUGCACAAAUUGGCUAUACCCAGGAUUGGUUGCGGUAUUGAUGGCCUUGAAUGGGACAAAGUUAGCAGCGAAUUGAAUGGAGUAUUUAACAAAGAAGAUUUGGAAAUAGUAGUUUAUAAUUUUGUGCCAAAGUAAAUGAAAACAAGCGCAAUUAUAUUAUAGAACACAAAUUGAAUUUGUAAUAGAUUUUACUGUAGAUUAUUAUUUGAAAUAUUUAUAAUUUCUUAAGAUGAAUAACAAAAACAAUACAAAAUGAAUAUUGUAAUUUUAAAA